UAACGCAAAACGCAGUAUGCACUCCACUUUCUCCGCCUACUGCUGAAAUAUGUUGACUCGCUUUUCUUGUCCCUCCGCCUCUCUACCAAAAUCGCCAUGCCGACACGCCCACACCGCCGCCGUCGUGGACCGGCUGCUACGCCGGCUGGCCCCCGACGCUCGCGUGCUGGAGCUGCCCCCGAACAUAGAAGAGGACGUGGAGCAUGUGGGGCGAACUCUGGCGAGCCUGCAAGAUGUCCUGGUAAGCCUAGAGAUCCGCACGGAGGCGCAGGAGUGGACAGGGAAGAUCAAGCAGAUCACCUACGACAUGGAGGAUCUGCUGGAUGAAUUUGAUGAUCUUAGUGGAAUAGGGUCGCAAAGGAGCGGCUCCUGGAUUGCAAAGGCAGCUCCAUUCUGUUGGUCAUGUCCAUUUCUCCAGCAUAGUACUAUGGCAAAUAGAAUAAAGACAAUCAAAAGAGGGUUGGACAUUUCCGCAACAGAUUCUGUCAUAUUCAGUUUGACGCAGCACCCUUGGGCUGAUCUUGAGCAUUUUGAUAAUGGAGUAUUUGAUGGAUCUGUAAUUGUCGGAAGAGAUAAUGACCAAACAAAGAUAAAGGACAUGCUCUUGCAAAGUAACUCAGAAGAGUUGCCAGUCAUUCCCAUUGUUGGCCUUGUGGGUUUGGGGAAAACAACUCUUGCUAGAUUAAUUUUCUAUGACCAGGGAGAAGGGUGGAAUUUUGAUCUUCGUAUCUGGAUAUGCUUAAAUAGGAAAUUUGACCUCAAAAAGGUUGCUAGUGAUAUAAUCUUGCAAUGUAAUCACAAAGAAGAAAAGCUCUUAGAUGCUCAUGCAGACACUGAGAUUCAAGAUAACCUGCAGUUGUUAAAGAAUCGUUUGCAAGAGGUACUUCAUGAAAAAAGUUGUCUAAUUGUCUUGGAUGACCUUUCUAGCACAGAUAAAAGCCAGUUGGAUGAAUUGAAGGAAAUGCUGAAGGGUGCAAACGAGUGCACCAAGGUUUUAGUGACCACCUCCAGUGAAAUAACUGCAGAACUGGUGCACACUGUUCCACCAUACAAGUUGCGUCCUUUAUCUGAAGAUGACAGUUGGACAAUAUUUUCUCAAAAGGCUUUUGGAAAUGGGGAUAGUAUCAAUGCACACAUUAUUGAAAUUGGGAAGCAAAUUGUGAAAAGGUGUGAAGGAAUACCAUUACUAACUCAUUCUCUUGGUUCAUUUGUAAAAAAUCAAGUCGCAAAUGUGUGGUUAGCUGCAAGGGAUGAAGAAAUAUGGAAGUUAGAGAGAAGACUUGCCACUAAAAUGGAAGUGUUUUCGUCAUUUUAUCAAAUUUACUAUGACUUGCCGUCAACAAUCAAACUGUGCUUUAUGUAUUUAUCCAUAUUUCCUAAGGGAUCUGCUAUUGAUAAGGAAAAGCUUAUCCGGCAGUGGAUUGCGCUUGAUAUGAUUGGAUCAAGGCAUGAUUCCUUGCCUCCUUAUGUGCACGGGGAGAUGUGCAUUCAGGACCUUUUGUCAAUGUAUUUUCUCCAAGUUCCGACGAUGCAUACAAUUGAAGGAAUGAAUAACAGAAUAGCUCCUACAGCGCUCUACAUGCAUAACUUCGUCCAUGAAUUUGCAAGCCAUGUUGCUUGUGAUGAUACUAUAAUUUUGGAUGGUAGCAAAAUGCAGAAGAGCAAUGCCAAAAGGCAAAUAUUCCAGUAUGCACUGUUGACAUACUACAGAGGGCAAUCAACGCUUUCCAAUUCACUGCUUAACAGGGCAAGGGCAUUACAUCUCAGGAACUCUGGAACUAUAAUGUUUCAUAGUGAAGCAUUUGAAUUACUGAAGCACUUGCGUGUUUUGAAUCUUAGUGGAUGUUGCUUUGGAGAAUUACCAGCCUCUGUUGGUCAUUUAAAGCAUCUAAGAUACCUUGAUGUUUCUGGGGUACAAAUUCAAACAUUACCUUCCCCAAUGAGUAGGUUGACAAACCUUGAGACAUUGGAUCUAUCAAAAACUUCUCUCAAGGAAUUACCCUCUUUCAUUGGUAAUUUCCUGAAGCUGAAAUAUUUAAACAUGCAAGGCUGUGACAAACUUCAAAACUUGCCUUCAGCCCUUGGUCAUCUACAAAGACUUGAGCAUCUUAGGUUGUCAUGUUGCAAUGAUGUCAGGGAGCUACCUGAUUCCAUGUGCAACCUUCAUGAUCUUCGAUUUUUGGAUUUAUCAAGAUGCACUGAGCUGCAACACUUGCCUCCAUUAUUUGGUAACUUAACAAACUUGGAGGAUCUAAGUCUGUCUAGUUGCUUCAACCUCAAACAGUUACCAGAAUCUUUUGGUAACCUUUAUUUUCUUAGGUUCCUGAAUCUAUCUAGCUGCUAUGAACUUCAGCAGUUACCUGAGUCUCUUACUAACCUUGAUUAUUUGGAAGUUCUUAUACUCCGGAGAUGUUGCAAACUUCAAAAUCUCCCUCGCUCCUUAGCAACCAUUAAGUACCUUCGAGUUUUGGAUCUGGCUGGCUGUGAAGAACUUCAUGUAAGUACUGGGAUAUUAACAACCAAUUUGGAGUAUCUGAACCUACAACGGUGUCGAAAGCUGCAGACUCAGCCAUACUGCUUUGAAAACUUCAAUAAGUUGAAGUUUCUAAAUCUCUCCCAGUGCCUCCCUACCAUUGAUUGUCUGAAAUCUGUUGGUUACUUGUUCAACUUAGAAUAUCUGAACCUGCCAGAACUUUUUUUUAACAUACCCGUGUCUUUCACAAGGCUUCAGAAGCUGCACACAUUGGACCUCACCGGUUGUCCUCCAAUACAUCAAUCCUCUAGUGUCCAUCAAAUAUUGCUGGACAUAAUAGGUAAAAUGACAGCACUCAGAUUUGUGUUGACAAAAGAUCCAGUGUUAGUGGCCUCUCUACCAAGACACGUCCAGUGCUCUGUUAGCAUUGAUGAACAUUGGCAUCGAACAACUGAUGAGCUUGUUAUUACGGACAUCAAAGGAGGGUCCAGGGGCUCAAGUAUUGCUGAGAGGCUGAACCUGCAGAAUCGACUGGAACUUCAUUUUCUUAAGCUUGAGUGGAUUCGUGCUUCUCAUUCAGAUGAAGAUGAAUUAGUUGACGAUGUCAAUGAAGUCGAAGUGCUGGAAAAGCUCCAACCAAACCAGAGUUUGGAGCAUUUUGAGCUAGUUAAAUAUGCAGGCUAUGCAUUUCCGACAUGGAUGAUGAAUAACAUGAUUACCUCACUCCCAUACCUUGUAAGUCUUUGUUUGUUCCACCUGCAGAACUGCAAUGAUCUCCCUCCACUUGGCCAGCUAAGAAAUUUGCGCAACUUGCAUAUCAAAGAUAUGCCUAACCUCAGAAAUCUUGAGAUAGGUCUUUCUGGGGGGCCACAACCCUUCAAGAAAUUAACACACCUCAAAUUGGAAACUUUAAUAAACUUAAAGGAGCUGUCCAUAUUGUUUUUGACUGACACUGAGAAUCAGCAGUUCAUGUUCCCCACUCUUGAGGAAUUGUCAGUGCUAUCUUGCUCCAAGCUCAUUUUCAAACCAUCUUUGCCGAGGUGCAAGAGAUAUGAAGUAAGAGAGAGUAACAAUGUUCUGUCAUCUGGGCAACCUUUGGGGCCACCAUCAGCUCCAUCACCAGCAAAAAUAGAGAUAAGUGGGUGCUUGGUACCCUCUAGUUGCUUGCAGUGGCUUAAAUCCUUGCAGACUGUCAAGAAAGUAGUAAUUGAUGCAUGUGUGGGAGAUGAUGGUGAAGCACUAACCUCUUUUGAGCUCCCAGAUAUAAAGGGCACUCAAGAAUCAUCCAGUACAAAGAUUGUGCAAGAAACUACAAAUGAAAGUUCAUCUGGGACAAACAUUUCACACGAAUUGACCACUCAGGAUGGUGCCCAUAAGGUUACUGGUAGUGGCAGCUCAAUAAUACGGAAACUCUUUCCAAGGUUUAACACCGCUUCGGCACACUCAGUGGAUCCUAUUUCAUCCUUUGAAGUAAGCACGCCAUCCAAGGAGACCCCAUCAACUUCAUGCAAGCUGUCUAGGUCCAAAAUGCUUGCUGAACUACCUGGAGUAGGAUCCUUAAGCCUUAAGCAGGUUAUGAAGGCUACUCGGAAAUUUUCCCCUUCAUUUAAAUUAGGUGAAGGAGGAUUCUGGACAGUCUACAAGGCUAUAUUACCUGAUAACCAGAUUGUUACUGUCCGGAGAGCUAAGAAGGGUCACGCUCAAGAUGCAAAAAAUCUGAUGAAAGUGGACCUUGCAAAAAUAAAUCACUGGAGUUUGGUGAGGUUUCUAGGUUUUAUUGACAAAGGAAAUGAGUUUAUUAUGAUUACAGAGUAUGUUCCAAAUGGCACUAUUAGAGAACACCUGACCGACCAACAUGUGAGAACCCUGGAUUUUAGUCAACGCAUAGUGAUUGCCAUCGAUGUUGCUAUUGCGUUGACUUACCUCCAUUUGGCUGCUGGGGAAACGGCGAUUUGUUGCAAUUUAAAGACAACGAACAUCCUACUAACGGAGAGCUACAGAGCGAAGGUGUGCUCUUGCGAUUUGUCAGGAUGUGGUCGUGUUGACCCAGUGAGAGGGACACCGGGCUACAUUGAUCCAGAGUGGUUACUUACUUUUGAGCUCACUGCUAAAUCCGAUGUCUACUCCUUUGGUAUAGUACUCUUAGAAAUUGUUUCUUCUCACAAACCGUUUGAUCAGACCGGCAACAGCCAGAUGUACCCUAUUGAAGAUUGGGCUCUCGAGAAAUUUAAUCAAGGCCAGGUGAAGGAGAUAUUGGAUUACCGUUUGAAGGAUGACGUGGAUCAAAAAGUGCUCAGAGACUGGCUCAGCUUGGCAUUGCGUUGUGCAGCUCCCAGUGGCAAUGAUCGCCCAAGCAUAGAAGAGGUUGGGGAGAAACUAUGGAAAAUAUGGAAGGAUCAUAGAUUGCGCAUAGGAAAACCAUUCGAGUAUGAAAGAAGUUGGGCAGAGUUUAUCAAAGAGGAGGGAAUUCUGAUGCCCGAGGAGUCCAUGUGUGAGGGAAGUUUAGAUACGGAGUUCCCUACAGAAGGGUGGACAACAAAGCACCAGGGGUUGCCUGAAUGUACCAGCAGCCAACAGAUUGGAUUUACCCAAGAAGCUUACACUUCUCCCGGCGACAAACACUGGCGGUCUCCGUCUGCUUCAUUUGACAUUAUAGUAUCUCCUCGGUAGUACGUUUCCAUUGGAUUGGUUUAUUCGAACUAGUUAAACUGCCCGCACAGUUACAUGGGUGAAAGCCACUAUUCUUUUGGAUCGUUUAUGGUACACCAAGGUUGUGUGAAAUAUCAAUUGCGAAUUCAUCCAAGGGUUUGAGUGCUGGAAAAACGGUUGAUUUUCGGCUCUCAAACUGGAGGAAUAUUGGUUCACUGUGGGACAGAUGUCCGAUCAUAUACAGGCUCUCUGUUGGGAAGAAAUUAUCAGUCUGGGAUGCAGUCUUGCUUUACCACUGAGCUAUGGACCAAUGUCCAAAAAAAAAUUUGUUCAAGUUGCCCUUGGGAUGGUUCUUAGGUGUUUGGUUUAGACUAUGUUGCAAGGGAGUUCAGGUUGGCUUGCAAAAUCCUGCCUUAGUUCGCCUCAGUGGGCUACAAGGGAUUGUAGGCAUGGGGGCUGGAACUGCAGCAAGUCCAGUUCAACUGUCAAAUUUGCCGGAUAGUGUUGUAUCCUGGAAUUAAACGUCAGAUGGUACUUAGUACUUGCUGUUCUAAUCAGCAUAUGACAGUCAGUUUAAUGGAUCCUACGCUGAUUUGGACGCC